ACAUCGCUAACUUCCGGUCAGCUGAUAGUGUGUCAUGUGUUUGUAAACACAACUACUGUGGCUUCAUGCCUGCACCGUCCACUGACAGCACACACCGCCGCGGUCAUGCGAGAAAAUGAUGAGAGCGAAAUAAUCGAGCACCACGAUGACGAGGAGAUGGAGAAGACGCGGACGCCGAGGAAUCACGCGCACUCUUUUCUGGAAAGCGUCACGUCGUCGGAGAAGGACGGAUACAGAAGCACGCAGUCAUCGCAUCGCCUGCUCGCCUACAGCGAUGCGCUCAUCUCCAUCAUCGCCACUGUAAUGAUAUUGCCUGUUGCACAUACAAAGUUUCAGGACAAUGAGGAACUGAAACAGAGUAUUCAGGCUUUGCUCACCACUAAGGUUGCUGUCUACUUGAUGACUUUUUUGAUUGUCACUGUUGCUUGGGCUGCACAUAUCCGGUUGUUUCAAGUCAUCCAGCGCAUAGACGACACUCUUGCACUGCUUAACCUGGCUUGUAUGAUGCUUAUAACCUUUCUACCAUACACAUUCUCUCUCAUGGCGACAUUCCCUAGCAAUACUUUCGGCAUCCUCUUAUUCUGUGCUUGUGUCAUGGUGAUCGGUUUAAUUCAGGCCAUGAUUGUCUUGUAUGGAUUCAGCCAUCCUUUCUUCCUCAGUGAUCAGAUCCAAAUGUCUGAGAAUCAGGCUUAUUACAAGCGACGCAUCCUUGAAGUCAUCAUGAGGGUUCCGAUCAUGUGUCUGUUUGCCAGCAUAUUUUCAUUCAUCUAUAUCCAACUGUCCUACAUCAUUUUGGCUCUUGUCAUAUUCCUGCCUUACAUCUCUCAGUGUUUAAAAUGGAUCUGGAGUAAAGCCAUCGGCGGUCUGGUGGAAGACAGUCCAGAUUCAGUGCCCUUCUACACCUACCACCCCAGUGAACCUUUGAGUAAAGAGCGAGUGGAGGCGUUCAGUGAUGGGGUGUAUGCAAUCGUAGCCACGCUGCUCAUCUUAGACAUUUGUAAAGACAACGUGCCUGAUCCAUCUGUGGUGAAGAAGGAGUUUGACGGCAAACUCCUCGUUGCGCUUCAGGAGUACGGUCCUGAGUACCUGGCUUACUUCGGCUCGUUCGCCACCGUCGGCCUGCUGUGGUUUGUUCAUCACUCUCUCUUCCUGUAUGUGACCAAGGCCACUCGCCUCAUGGGCCUGUUCAACACGUUCUCGCUGGCCUUCGUGGGCGGCCUGCCGCUCGCUUACCAGCUCACACAUGAAUUUCCCAGAGGCUCCCUCAAUGAGCUGGAGGCCGUGCAGAUCAGCUGUGUCAUCAUUUUCUUCGCCGGUCUGUUCCAGCUUGCGAUGUGGGUAACGGCACUUUUCACGGAGCGUGAGACAUUGCACCCGUAUGUGCGCUACGGCGGUCGAGAGCACGCCUUUAUGUUGGCCAAGCUCUCAGUCUACCCCUGCGUGGCGCUCGGGACCUUCGUCUUCAGCUGCAUCCUGAGCCGCUUCAGCACAUCCAUCUUUCAUAUGAUGGAGAUUGGCGUACCGUUUGCUUUCAUUUUACUGAGGUUGCUGGUCCGUGUGGUGCUGGCGGCGAUCAGAUGGCUCUUCUGUCCUGCGAGGAACGAUUUAGAUAUUGUUCCAGUAGAGGAAGAGGACUCACAGCUGCCCAUUAAUGAUAUAGUGACUUAGCAGUGAACAGAGAAGAAGAAAACAUCUCAAUGUUCGACGUAAAAAUCAAGGUUAGGCUAGAUUCCUAGCUCUGUUGUUUAGAAUUAAUACUGCAGCCGACAGCUUUGUGCUGUAGAAGACGUCCAUAUCGGUCAAAUCUUCUCUCAUUUAGUAUAAUAGUCUGUGGAAGUGAUCCACAGUCUUCAUGAUGAGUCUUCAGUGUCAUAGCAGGGGUCCGAGAAGAGCUGAAGAGUUUUUUUUUUCUCCUUACAGAAAUGCACAAAACUUUUUUUUUUUUUUUUUUUUUUUUUAGCCUCUUAAUGUUUUUAUUAGCGUGUUAAAACAUGUUUUUGUGUUCAUAUUUUAAUGUGAGUCAAAUUACACUUCAUUCACACAGUAAGAACAAAAAACUUUUUUUUUUUUUUUUUUUUUUUAGUUUCUGUUCAGUUAUGUUGGAUUUAAUAUUACAAUUAUAUUCUUGUUUUUAACUCAUUUUUUUAAAAAGUUGCCAGCCA